AUAUCUAUCUCUGAAUCCUGUAGAGUAACGAAGAUAAACUCCCAGCAGUUCAGCUUCAACACAAACCAUGUUCCCUGCAUCUCUGCUGCUGCUGCUGGCAGCUGCCUCCUCUGUUCAGGGUCAGACAUUGACUGAGUCUGGACCAGUAAUUAAAAUGCCUGGAGAAUCCCACACACUGAUCUGUACAGGUUCUGGGUUCACAUUCAAGGACUAUUGGAUGGGUUGGAUAAGACAGGCUCCUGUGAAAGGACUGGAAUGGAUUGGUUAUAUACAUGGUGUUACUACUUUCAACUCCCAGUCAAUGCAGGGUAGAUUCACCCUCUCCAGAGAUGACUCCAGCAGUAAGCUGUACCUACAGAUGAACAGUCUGAAGAGUGAGGACACAGCAGUGUAUUACUGUGCCCGAUUGCACUGUGACAAUGCUUUUGACUACUGGGGGAAAGGCACAAUGGUUACCGUUUCAUCAGCCCCAUCAACUGCUCCGACUUUGUUCCCUCUUGCGCAAUGUGGCUCCGGGACCGGAGAUAUGAUGACUCUGGGUUGCAUUGCCACUGGCUUCACGCCUGCCUCCCUCACCUUCAAAUGGAAUGAAGAAGGCGGGAAUUCCCUGACUGAUUUCGUUCAGUACCCUGCGGUCCAAACCGGUGGAAGCUACAUGGGAGUCAGUCAACUCCGUGUAAAGAGAGCAGACUGGGACAGUAAAAAAUUUGAAUGCGCCGUGGAACAUUCUGCUGGAUCAAAGAAAGUACCAGUGAAAAAACAACUGCAGCGGGUCAUUCCUCCAAAUAUCACACUGUAUCCUCUCUGGGAGGAACUGGAGGUAGGAUCGAAGGUGGGAAUCCUCUGCAUCCUGAGUGGGUUCUACCCUGACAAGCUGAGUGUGGAGUGGCUGCUAGAUGACAAGACUGUGACCACAUCUCCAGUCCAGCGGAAGCUGCAGAGUGUAGAAGGUGAGGAGAAAACAUUCAGCCUGAACAGCCAGUUGGAGCUGGACCGGAACCAAUGGACUCAAGGGUCAGAGGUCACAUGCAAGGCCACCCACAAUGCAGCACAAGGACCACCUACAGGAACGCCAGUCUCCAGGACCACCAGUAUUUGCUCAGCGUUUCCCUCGUCUACUCCAUCCCUCCACCUGGAGACCCCCAGAUUCAGGACAGUGAUGACACAGACUGAGGUAACAGCUACAUGUGUGGUCCACUCUCCAUAUGACGCCAAAGUGUCCUGGCUUCUGGAUGGAAAAGACCCAACCAGCAGGACCCCAGUGAACCAGGCCAGCAGCACAACUCAGAGCAUCAGCAGUAGCCUGACUCUUCCCUCAAGCCAAUGGAAAACCCUGAACACAAUAACAUGCAGAGCUGAACAUCGCUGCUUCAACUCCACAGAGAAGACCAGUAAUGUUAAAGGACCUGCAGUGAGCAGCACUACCACAGUUCUGAUCAGGAGGUCUCUCCCAGAGUUACUGAAGGGAGACAGUGCUGUGCUGGAGUGUGCCAUCACACAACUCUCCUCCAGUGACCUCUACAUCACCUUUCAGGCCAAUGGGGUUGAUUUCCCUGAGAAACAGUAUGUGGAUCUGCCUGCCUCCAAUGGCCCCCAUUCACUCACCAGACGGUUCUCUAUCCCCAAAUCACACUGGAAGACAGACAACACUUUCACCUGUAAAGUGAACCAAGGCUACUCCAACAGCUGGGUGUCUAGCUCCAAAGUCAAGCUUUUUGGUGAACUGUCCAUGGAACUCCUUCUAGUCCCCAGUGAGGAGUCGUCUGGCUCAGGGACCCAGAAACUCAUGUGUUCUGGGUGGGGCUUCAACCCUAAAAUCAAGUGGCUCUCUGGGUCUGAACAGAGGUCUGCAGCAGACAAUGAGAUAAGGAUGGGGGAAGACGGACAUGUGGCACUAACCAGUCAUAUCACAGUAACACAGCAGGAGUGGAAUGAGGGGAAGAACUUCAUCUGUGAGGUAGAUGACAAAGAUCUUCAGAAAUCUGUCAGGAAGAGCACCAGUUUAUGCACAGCGUUUCCCUCGUCUACUCCAUCCAUCCACCUGGAGACCCCCAGAUUCAGGACAGUGAUGACACAGACUGAGGUAACAGCUAAAUGUGUGGUCCACUCUGCGUAUGACGCCAAAGUGUCCUGGCUUCUGGAUGGAAAAGACCCAACCAGUAGGACCCCAGUGAACCAGGCCAGCAGCACAACUCAGAACAUCAGCAGUAGCCUGACUCUUCCCUCAAGCCAAUGGAAAACCCUGAACACAAUAACAUGCAGAGCUGAACAUCACUGCUUCAACUCCACAGAGAAGACCAGUAAUGUUAAAGGACCUGCAGUGAGCAGCACUACCACAGUGCUGAUCAGUAGGUCUCUCCCAGAGUUACUGAAGGGAGACAGUGCUGUGCUGGAGUGUGCCAUCACACAACUCUCCUCCAGUGACCUCUACGUCACCUUUCAGGCCAAUGGGGUUGAUUUCCCUGAGAAACAGUAUGUGGAUCUGCCUGCCUCCAAUGGCCCCCAUUCACUCACCAGACGGUUCUCUAUCCCCAAAUCACACUGGAAGACAGACAACAAUUUCACCUGUAAAGUUAACCAAGGUUUCUCCAAAAGCUGGGUGUCUAGCCCCAAAGUCAAGCUUUUUGGUGAACUGUCUGUGGAUCUCCUUCUAGUCCCCAGUGUAGAGUUGUCUGGCUCAGGGACCCAGAAACUCAUGUGUUCUGGGUGGGGCUUCAACCCUAAGAUCAAGUGGCUCUCUGGGUCUGAACAGAGGUCUGCAGCAGACAAUGAGAUAAGGAUGGGGGAAGACGGACAUGUGGCACUAACCAGUCAUAUCACAGUAACACAGCAGGAGUGGAAUGAGGGGAAGAACUUCAUCUGUGAGGUAGAUGACAAAGAUCUUCAGAAAACUGUCAGGAAGAGCACCAGUUUAUGCACAGCGUUUCCCUCGUCUACUCCAUCCAUCCACCUGGAGACCCCCAGAUUCAGGACAGUGAUGACACAGACUGAGGUAACAGCUACAUGUGUGGUCCACUCUGCGUAUGACGCCAACGUGUCCUGGCUUCUGGAUGGAAAAGACCCAACCAGUAGGACCCCAGUGAACCAGGCCAGCAGCACAACUCAGAGCAUCAGCAGUAGCCUGACUCUUCCCUCAAGCCAAUGGAAAACCCUGAACACAAUAACAUGCAGAGCUGAACAUCGCUGCUUCAACUCCACAGAGAAGACUAGUAAUGUUAAAGGCUCAGUGACCCCCACCGCACCAACAGCAACCCUGCUCCAGAGUCCCAGUGAGCUUGUCUGCCUGGUGCUUGGCUUCAGCCCUUCAGACAUCAACAUCACCUGGCUGCUGGACAACGUCACAGAGCUGUGGAACAACAACACUAGCACCCCUUACAGGGCACCAGGAGGAAUGUUCGGCAUCAGGAGCCACCUGAGCCUGGCACACCAGGAUUUGACACCGGGGGCUGUUUACACCUGCAGGGUGACCCACACCACCCAGACUCUGGCCCUGAACAUAUCCAAACCAGAGCUCCUUGAGGUGGAGGGUGUCUUCUUUGACGAGAACAGGUCUGAUCCAAUUCUGGCGGACACUGCAGAGGAGAACUGGAACAUGGCCUGCAUCUUCCUGGUCCUCUUCCUCAUCUCCCUCCUCUAUAGCUUCACAGUCACUCUGGUCAAGACAAAAUGAUGACUUCAGGACACUUCCUGAUGACUUCAGGACACUAUAUGAUAGAUCUCUAGGAGUUCAACUGGAAAUGAAACCAUUUAUUCCAACCUUUUCUUAUAAAAUCACAACACGUUUCUUUAGAAAAUUGCAUAGAUUUAAUUACUUAGGGUUUCCUGUAGCUGGUGACAGGGAAGUGACAGGGAAGUGUUUGAUGACAGGGAAGUGUUCUUGUUUUUAUUCCCCACAAAAACAGACAAUGUGGUGGUGCGCUUACUUGCUCUCAUCUCUUGUUAAUGCGUUAUAGAAUUUUUGAGCAGAGAU